AUCGCUUUGUCUAAUUAAUCCCCCCCGGCUUCCACCACCAGCCCGCCUCGGCCUCCCCCCGCCUCCCAGCGCACGCGCCCUAUAAAUACGCCACCUUCGCCACCGCUGCACACCACUUCACCCAUCUCAUCUUCCCUUCGUCCUCCUCCCGACCUCCCGUGCUCGCAGCUCGCAGUGGCUCAUCGUCUCCCUGCUCUCCGACCCUCCACCAACGAGGCUGAGAAGCGCGCGGAAGCGGAAGAAGGCGUAGCGGGGCAAGGGCCGGGCUGGCGGCAAUGGCGCGGUGCCUGGUAAUCAUGCUGCUCUUCCUCAUCUCCCCCCUCAUCUCCACCGUGGGGCUGCCCGUCGAGCCGCCCGCGGAGCUGCUCCAGCUCGGCGACGCCGCGGGCCGCGGCCGCCUCAGCGUCGACGCGUCCGACGUCCGCGAGGCGUCGGGGGACUUCGGGGGCCUCGCGCGCGCCGAGCCGGCGGCUGUAUUCCAGCCCCGCGGCGCCGGCGACGUGGCCGCCCUGGUCCGCGCCGCGUACGGGUCCGCGCGCGGGUUCCGCGUCUCGGCGCGGGGCCACGGCCACUCCAUCAGCGGGCAGGCACAGGCGCCGGGUGGGGUGGUGGUGGACAUGAGCCACGGCCCCGGCGCCGCGGCGCGGGCAUUGCCUGCCUACUCGCCGGCGCUGGGCGGGCACUACGUGGACGUGUGGGGCGGCGACCUGUGGGUCGACGUGCUCAACUGGACGCUCUCCCACGGCGGGCUCGCGCCGCGGUCCUGGACGGACUACCUCUACCUCUCCGUGGGCGGCACCCUCUCCAACGCUGGCAUCAGCGGGCAGGCCUUCCACCACGGGCCCCAGAUCAGCAAUGUCUACGAGCUCGACGUCGUCACGGGCAAGGGUGAGGUGGUGACCUGCUCGGAGGCGGAGAACCCGGACCUCUUCUUCGGCGCGCUCGGCGGGCUCGGCCAGUUCGGCAUCAUCACGCGGGCGCGCAUCGCCCUCGAGCGUGCUCCCCAAAGGGUUCGGUGGAUCCGGGCGCUCUACUCCAACUUCGCCGAGUUCACGGCGGACCAGGAGCGCCUCAUCUCCCUCGGCGCGGGCGGCGGGCGCCGGUUCGACUACGUGGAGGGCUUCGUCGUCGCCGCCGAGGGCCUCAUCAACAACUGGCGGUCCUCCUUCUUCUCGCCGCAGAACCCGGUGAAACUCAGCUCGCUCAAGCACCGCUCCGGCGUGCUCUACUGCCUCGAGGUCACCAAGAACUACGACGACGGCGACGCCGCGUCCGUCGACCAGGACGUGGACGCGCUGCUGGGCGAGCUCAACUUCCUGCCGGGCACGGUGUUCACGACGGACCUGCCGUACGUGGACUUCCUGGACCGCGUGCACAAGGCGGAGCUGAAGCUGCGCGCCAAGGGCAUGUGGGAGGUCCCGCACCCGUGGCUCAACCUCUUCGUGCCGGCGUCCCGGAUCGCCGACUUCGACCGCGGCGUCUUCCGUGGCAUCCUCGGCGGCCGCACCGCCGGCGCCGGCGGGCCCAUCCUCAUCUACCCCAUGAUCAAGCACAAGUGGGACCCGCGGAGCUCGGUGGUGACCCCGGACGAGGAGGUGUUCUACCUGGUGGCGUUCCUGCGGUCGGCGGUGCCGGGCGCGCCGGAGAGCCUGGAGGCGCUGUCGCGGCAGAACCAGCGGAUCCUCGACUUCUGCGCGGAGGCCGGCAUCGGCGCCAAGCAGUACCUGCCCAACCACAAGGCACCGCGCGAGUGGGCGGAGCACUUCGGCGCCGCGCGGUGGGAGCGCUUCGCGCGGCUCAAGGCCGAGUUCGACCCCCGGGGCAUCCUGGCGACCGGGCAGGGCAUCUUCCCGCCGCCCGGCUCGCCGGCGCUCGUCUCCGACUCGUAGGCACGGCGGCUCGUGGUGGCGGACUGGUGGUGGUGGAGCUGCUACUGAUCGAUUGUUAGGCGCGUGUAGGUAGUUACAGUAUACGAGGAAGAUUAUUUAGUUGGUUAUUAUAGUUAGCUCUCCGGUUGAUUAUCGAUGUACAAAUGUGGGGUCGUUCAUCACGUGGUGGCAUAGCUUUUUUGUAUAGGGCAAGUAAAUGUCAAUGUGGAAAAGUGAAUUUUUUUUUUGCAGUGAA